AUGUAUAUUUUCUUAGAAACGGCUAGCAAUGGAAAAAGAGGAAUGCGUCGUUUGGCGGGUUUCCGUGUCCGGCAGCUGACGCGUGGCUCUGCAUGCGUGGCAGGCAUGGCGUCCGUGCCGGGCAGUGCUGGUGGCGCGGCGGCGGGCGCGGCGGCGGGUGCGGGAACGACGGUGCGCAUCGGGCUGGCGGAGCGCGAGCGGCUGCUGGCGGCGCUGCGCGAGUGCGCCCGCGCGGUGGAAGCGGUGGGCCGCGAGGCCGCCCCGGCCGGCCGGCCGCUGUCGCCCGCCGUCGCCCACGAGCGCAGCGCGCUGCUCGCCUCCCUCGCGCACGCCGUCGGCCUCGUCGAGACCGCGCCCGUGGUGCUGGCGGCCGCGUCGCCGCGCGGGGAGGACGUGUCGGCCGCGCUGCAGGGCGUGGGCGGCGGCCUGGGCGGCUGCCGGCCCAAGGAGCGCGGCGGCGUGGGCGGCGGCGACCUGCGACGCAGCAAGACGCCCGCGCCGACCUCCGCUGGCGCCGCCGCGGCCACCGCGCGCACCAAGUCCACGGGCGACGUCGUCCGCAGCGCAGGUGCGGGCCCCGGCGCCCAGCAGCUCCGCGCCGGCGGCGGCCGCGACGCGCCCUCGCCCAGUGAGGCGCAGUCGCCGGCGGCGAUCAAAGGCAGCUACCUGGAGUCGGGCACCAGCGGCGCGGGCACGGAGGACAGCGGCGAGGACAGCACCGACAAGGACGACAAGGAGGACGGCGACAGCGACCGCACCGACGACGCGGCCAGCGGCAGGAAAUCCACGGACCGCGGGGGCGGCGAGACCGACACAGACUCCGACUCUUCGGACCAGGCGCUGCGCAGCGACCUCACUCGCUCCUUGGGCAGCUCGGACAGCGGGACGCUCACUCGUUCGUCCUCGGCCAGCUCCACGUCGUUCGCCGAAAAUUGGACCUCCGAGAACACGUCGUCGUCGCGCCCGGCCCCGGGCUCCUCCAAGGGCAGGGAGGUCAAAAAGUCCGUGAGCUUCUACCUGGGGGCGGGAGAAAAGCGCGGGACCGAUUCGGCGGCGAGUCGCAAAGGCGGCAACGAGAACGCUCUCAAGAAGAAGAAGGCGGGACGCCCGAACCUGAUGAGUCUCGUCACCAAGUUGUCUCGCGAGGAACAGAGGUUGUCGAAGACGUCUCGUGACAAAGGGUCCACGUCCCUCUCUGCGCUGAUACAGGAGAUGUCCGCCGAUCACGGCCAGAAACUGAAAUCAGGAAUGACGAGGAAGCUCGCGAACGCUGAACGGGAGAAGAAGCCGGGUAGUCGUGGGAGUAGAGGGCGGCGCGAGAGGCCAAUGGACGCGAUCAUUGCGAGGAAGAAGAAGGUGGGACAUGAAAACCUAUCGCUGGAACUCAAGAAGAUCAAGGCGAAUGUGUCUAUAACGACUGAGAAAUCUAAUGCCAACAUUGCUAAACAGGAUGAGCAAACUCGCAUUUAUAUGAGACGCAGUGUCAGCAACCUGCAACAAUCGAACAAUAGUACAAAGAAAAGUGAAAAAAGUUCUAAGCCCAAGAGUGUCAAUUUACAGAAAUCGAACCGGACCUUGGAAAUAAAUAAAGGAGGUAAACAUGGUUCCUAUGAGAUGAAACGAGUUAGCAGCGCCUUAGGGAAUACAGGCGCCCGCACAAAUAAAACUUCUGAAGCAAAUCACACUCCCAGGAUUUAA